CUGUUUUCCGGCGAAACUCGCCGAAAUCUGGUCGGAAAACUUAUCCAAGAAUCAAAGACUGAAAAGGGUUUCUGAAUCAAAGAUUGAAAAAAUGAAUCAAGGGUUUUGCUGAAAUGCAAUCAAGAAAGUAGAAAAUGGUGGUUCUGUUGGUUUCAGUACAAUGUGUUGUAGAUUAGUUGAGAACUGUGAGGAGGAGGAGCAGUUGAAUGAAAUGGGUGGUUGUGUAACAUUUGGGGGUGUUGGUGGUGGUGGUGGUGGGGAAGGUAGUAAAGGAGACAAAUCAAGUUUGAUGGUAUUGUCUCAAGCUAAGAUGAUAUUGUGGAUGACAAGAGGAAUGACAACUUUGUUGAUAUGGAUCUGUGUUGUUCAAUUAUUGACUGUGGGUGAGGUUUGGGGUCCAAGAUUGUUGAAAACUUGGCCUUCUUGUUAUACCCCUCCUCAGACUAACCUCCCUUCUCCUUCUUUCAUGGAGUCCAGAGUUUUUCUUCCCCCAAAAAGGGAUUAUAAGAACAAUGGUUAUCUUAUGGUUUCUUGCAAUGGAGGACUUAAUCAAAUGAGAGGAGCAAUUUGUGAUAUGGUUGCUGUUGCUAGAUACUUAAACGUCACGCUAAUCGUUCCCGAAUUGGAUAAGUCGUCAUUUUGGGCUGAUCCAAGUGACUUUGAGGACAUCUUUGACGUUGAUCAUUUCAUCAAGUCGUUGAGGGAUGAGGUUCGAAUAUUGAAAGAGCUUCCCCCACGGAUUAAAAGAAGAGUUGAGCUCGGAAAGCUUCACUCGUUGGCACCAAUUAGUUGGUCUGAUAUUUCAUACUAUCAUCAUCAGAUCCUUCCGCUUAUCCGGAGGUAUAAAGUUGUACAUUUAAAUAGAACUGAUGCUCGGCUUGCCAACAAUGGGCUUCCUUUAGAGAUUCAAAAACUGCGUUGUAGAGUAAAUUUCAGCGGUCUUAGAUUCACUUCGCAGAUUGAGGAAUUAGGUAGAAAAGUUGUGAAUAUCCUCCGGAAAAACGGGCCUUUUUUAGUUCUUCAUCUUAGAUACGAAAUGGAUAUGCUGGCUUUCUCUGGCUGCACGCAAGGCUGCAACGGUGACGAAAUAGAAGAAUUGACAAGAAUGAGAUAUGCUUAUCCGUGGUGGAAAGAGAAAGAAAUUGAUUCUGAUUUCAAGAGGAAAGAAGGGUUGUGUCCCAUGACACCGGAAGAAACUGCUCUGAUUCUACGGGCGUUGAGAAUUGAUCGUAACAUUCAAAUUUACAUUGCCGCUGGUGAAAUUUACGGCGGCGAAAGGCGGAUGGCUAGUUUGGCUACGGAGUUCCCGAAUCUGGUCCGAAAGGAGAUGCUGCUGGACCGGUUGGAGCUCGGGUUCUUUCAGAACCAUUCAUCACAAAUGGCUGCACUCGAUUACUAUGUUUCUUUAGAAAGUGAUAUAUUUGUUCCAACGUAUGACGGGAACAUGGCUAGGGUCGUUGAGGGUCAUCGAAGAUACUUGGGAUUCAAGAAGACGAUUCGGUUUGAUAGAAAGGUCUUGAUUGACUUAAUUGACCGUUACAGCGAAGGGUCGUUGAGCUGGGAUGAGUUCUCAAACACGGUGAAGGAAGUUCACGUGGACCGAAUGGGACGGCCAACGCGACGAGUAACGAUUUCCGACCGACCAAAAGAAGAAGAAUACUUUUAUGCAAACCCAUAUGAGUGCUUGGAUUCAUAACUAGUGAUGAUUCUUACUUGUGAUAGUUGAUUGUAUACUUGUGGUAUAUACAUUUUCUUGGAGAAAAUGUAUCAUGUUCAUGUGUGUUGAUGAAAGGCAUAAAAAGGGGAUUUGGACAUGUAACAUUCAAUACAUUUGAGAGUAUUUUGAAUAUAUAAUAUACAUAAAGUUUCUAGCUUAAACAA